AUGGGACCCUCUGAAGAGCCAUUCACUGGCUGGACGCACAAGGAAACAGAGAUGCAAAUGGGUCCCCAGCCUGAGGAGUGGAGCCGGGGAUGGAAGCCUGGGGAUGGGGGUGCAGCCCCUUUGCCCCUCCCCCCAGCACUGUCCUUGCUUCUUCUCUUCCCACUGGCCAGUGCCCUCCAGCCAACUCCGCUGCCCUUUCCAGAACUGAGGUUGGUAGGGGGCCCAAGCCGCUGCCGAGGGCGCCUGGAGGUCAUGCACAGCGGUUCCUGGGGCAGUGUUUGCGAUGAUGAUUGGGACGUUGUGGAUGCCAACGUGGUGUGUCGUCAGCUGGGCUGUGGCCUGGCCCUGCCAGUGCCGCGGCCCCUCGCCUUUGGCCAAGGCCGAGGUCCCAUUUUCUUGGAUAACGUGGAGUGCCGGGGGCAGGAAGCUUCUCUGAGCGAGUGUGGCAGCAGGGGCUGGGGUGUCCACAACUGCUUCCACUAUGAAGAUGUGGCCGUCCUGUGUGAUGAAUUCUUGCACACACAGCCCCCAACAAGGAAGGUGCUGACCAGUGUAGCACCCGCUACAACCCUCCAAAAUGGGAAAGGUGAGGGCAGCGUGCGCCUGGUGGGCGGCGCCGGCCCGUGUCAAGGCCGGGUGGAGAUCCUGCACGGUGGUCUGUGGGGAACCGUCUGCGACGAUGACUGGGGGUUGCCCGAUGCUGCUGUUGUGUGCCGCCAACUGGGCUGUGGGACCGCCUUGGCCGCCACCACUAAUGCCUUUUUCGGCUAUGGCACCGGGCAUAUCUUGUUGGACAAUGUUCACUGCGAAGGUGGCGAGCCCCGCCUGGCAGCCUGCCAGAGCCUCGGCUGGGGCGUACACAACUGUGGACACCACGAAGACGCGGGGGCGCUCUGUGCAGCUCUGGGUCCUCCGACUUUCACUGCAGCGCCUUCCUUGGCCACGAAAGAAGACUGGGCAUGGCGCACUGAGCCAGCAGCUACAGGAGUUGGUGCCCUGCCUUCCAGGGAUACCAUGCGGUUCAGCACGGCAGCCUGGGCCUCGGGGAAGAAGAGCGGCAGGCUGCGGCUGGUAGGCGGCCCGAGCCCGUGCCGCGGCCGCGUGGAGGUGCUGUACGCCGGGGGUUGGGGCACCGUGUGCGAUGAUGACUGGGACUUCGCGGACGCGCGCGUGGCCUGCCGCGAGGCGGGGUGCGGGCCCGCGCUCGGAGCCACGGGCCUUGGCCAUUUCGGCUAUGGCCGAGGCCCCGUGCUGUUGGACAACGUAGGCUGCACCGGGACCGAGGCCCGCCUCAGCGACUGCUUCCACCUGGGCUGGGGACAGCACAACUGCGGCCAUCACGAAGACGCCGGAGCCCUGUGCGCAGGCCCAGAGGAGCUGGGACUCCAAGUCCAGCAGGAUGGUUCUGAGACCACCCGAAUGCCCAGUCCUCGGCCCAGAGAUGGGCACCUCCGCCUGGCUAGUGGAAGCCACCGAUGUGAGGGGCGGGUAGAGCUCUUCCUAGGACAGCAGUGGGGCACUGUCUGCGAUGAUGCCUGGGACCUACGGGCAGCCAUUGUCCUGUGCCGUCAGCUGGGAUGUGGCCAGGCUCUGGCAGCCCCCGGCGAGGCCCACUUUGGCCCAGGCAGAGGCCCCAUCCUCUUGGACAAUGUCAAAUGCCGAGGAGAUGAGAGCACCUUGCUACUCUGCUCUCAUAUCCGCUGGGAUGUCCACAACUGUGACCACAGCGAGGACGCCAGUGUCCUGUGCCAGCCAUUGUGA